AUGAAAGUAAUUGCUGUUGGGCGGGAGGAAGACCCAGCGAGCGUGCGUGAGGCCGCUCCCGGGAAGCAAUGGCAGGAAGCUCUUAGGGCCAAUGGCCGCGGCGAGCGGGCAGCGGUGCGCUUGCGCUCUGGGGCCCGGGGCUGCAGGCGGGAGGCGGGCAAAGUGGGGGAGGGGAGCGUGCUGGAGCUCCGUGGAGCUCCUGCAGCCGCGGCAGCCGCCGCCGCCGCAGCGAAGAGGCCAUGUUGUGUGGUGUGUGGGGCGGGGGGAGGAGGAGGAGGGAGUAAAGCCGAGAGAGGAGACGGGAGAGACACCACACACACGGCACAAGAUGGCCGGAGAGGCAGCAGCACCCAGAGCUGUCAGACGUUUUGCCGCGGCCAAGGUGCCCGCUGGCUGGCGGAGAGCUGUACUCGGGCGGCCCGGAAGCCCGCAGGAGCUGGGUGGCCGUGGCUGAGGCGAGGCGGACCUCGCACGGGUGCCGGAGCUCGUGGCCGAGACGUCCAGGGCUGCCCGGCCCACGACGCCGAAAGCUGGGCUGCGGCAGCGGCCGCGGAGGCGCGCCGGUCCCGGCCGCCUGGACCGAGCGUGGGCGGGAGGCUCUGGCGGGUGGUCAGUCCCGGUAUCGAAGAUGGAGACCAGAAGGUGCCAGUGGCAGAGUYAUACCCGGUUACUUACAGAGUUUAAAAUUAAUUUGCUGAUGGCUUGAACAAAUACAUCUUUUAUCCCAGGUAUGUCAUUUUGAAGACUGACAUUGCACUUUUAUCCUUGAGGAUUAAGGAGAUCUUUGGGAAAGUCUAUUUUAUCUAAAGAAUGACUCCCCAGAUGGAACAAUCUAAAGGACCCAUACAACAUAGUAAUCAUUGGUGGAAACAUUUACACCCAGUCAGCUUGAAGAGUCUCAAAUGGACCUUACCACUGAGAAAUCAAGAUGGCAGUCCACUAUGGGGACAUGAGGAAAAUGGAUUAAUACAAGAGUGCUGUGAUAAUACACAACCAAGACAGGGUUCUUUUAACAUGGAUUCCAUGAAAUGAAUGAAUGAAGAUAUAGGUUUCUUACCCAACACAAAUGGACAGUGGAUUUGACUUUCAAAAAACUUUUGUAUCAUUAAAACCAGUGCAUUUUUGACCUUGGAGAAGACAGCACGGUAGUUUGUAUGUUUGGAAUUUUUUGCCUUUUGAUUUGUUUUGAGCAUGACCUCAUGGAAUGUUAACUUUAAUAAAAUUUCUAACACUUAAAAAU